AUGGCUUUGACGAAUCUUGUUCAGCGGCUUGAGCUACCGCGUGGCUCGCGAUUUAUUAAUGAAGAUGUUAGACCAGUAGCGAGCGAAAGACGAACAUGGACGUUUUUGACCUUUCAUAACUUUUGGCUCUUGAUCAAUUGCAACAUAGCGACCUACUUGACUGGUAGUGCUCUUAUUCCUCUGGGCUUGACGUGGUGGCAGGCGAUUAUUGCAAUUGUCCUGGGGAACAUCUUCGCAACAGCUGCUCUAAUUCUUGCUUCAUUGGCGGGAGCUUAUUAUCACAUUGGUUUCCCUGUAUUCAGCAGGGCGGUUUGGGGAAUCUGGGGUUCUCAAUUCGUCAUCUGGAACCGCAUCUUUCUCUCUCUAGUCUGGUAUGGCUUCCAAUCAUGGGUUGGCGGACAAUGCGUCUACCUCAUGCUCCUAUCAUGGGAUCCGUCCCUUGAGAAACACAUCCCCAAUACGAUCCCUGCCUCGACGGGUAUGACAUCGGCCCAGUUCCUGUCGUACUUUAUCUUUUGCGUCGCCACGCUCCCCCUCCUCUGGAUCCGACCGCACAAGAUACAAAAGUUCUUCAACAUUGCCAGUUCAAUCACCCUCGUCUUCUUCCUGGUGCUCUUGAUAUGGGCCCUCGCGACAAUGGGGUCCGAUGGCUUCGGCGACACCAUCAGCGGCAGCACACCUCUUCCCACGACCGGUGGUCCGAAUAGCGUUACUUGGUUGUUGAUCUCGGGCAUUAUGUCGACAGUUGGAGGUAUCGCCGCGGGCAUUCUCAACCAGAACGACUACGCGCGUCUUGCCAGAGAACCCAGCGCUGCCAUUUGGGGACAGGCCUUUGCUUUUCCCCUCUACAGCAUUGGGGCGUCCGUGAUUGGCAUUUUGGUCACGGCUGCUACGCAAAAGCGAAUGGGCGAGGCUAUCUGGAACCCUCCUACUUUAUUCGCAGCCAUGCUGGCCAAGGAUCCCACGUCGGGCACCCGAGCAGCCGUCUUCUUCGCCGGUCUCGCGCUUUCCAUCUCGCAAAUGGGCAGCAACUUGCCCGGCAACGCACUCUCGGGCGGCAUCGACCUGGCGUCCGUCUUCCCCAGGUACAUCAACAUCCGUCGCGGCGCGUACCUGAUGGCUCUCCUCAGCCCCAUCGUCAACCCCUGGAGGCUCGUCAACACAGCUACCGUGUUCCUCACGGUCCUCUCGGGUUACAGCGUCUUCUUGGCGCCCAUGACCGGUCUCAUGGUCGCCCACUAUAACCUGGUGGCAAAGGGGAAGAUCAACGUCGAUCACCUCUAUGUGGGCCACAGCGAGAGCAUUUAUUGGUACAAGGCCGGUGUCAACUGGAGAGCAUUUGCAGCGUGGAUUGUAGGUGUCGUUCCACAGAUGCCGGGCUUUAUUGCGGCAGUAAACACGUCGGUUCACGUGUCAGACGGCGCGAUUGAGCUAUACAGACUCAAUUAUCUGUUUGGAUUUGUCGUCAGUGCAGCGGUGUAUUACGCCCUUCACUUGGUUGCGCCAGACGAGAAACUAGACAACUUUGUCAAAGACGGCGUCUCUGCCAAGGACACACAGCAAAUGUACCAUGACCGCUGGAACAUGCCCUACACUGAGGGCGAGCCAGGGAGCCAGGAACACAUCAUACCGCACAGCAAGGGACCAAACUCCUUGGCGACGGUAGCGACGUCUUGUUAG